AUGAGAACUCGCAAAGUUCAAGAUGGCCAAGUUGGUUUUGAGAUAAGAGGUUAGAGCCAUCCCAAAUUUAAGAGAAAACCCUAAGUUGAGAACCCAAAUGACAUUCAAUUGGAUAUUCCAAACGGAGAUUUGGUUGAAGGAAGAACUUAUUAUAAAACUAAUUGUGGAUCCUGUCAUCAUUUGGACGUGGAUACCAACCUAGGACCGUCAUUGAGAACUGUGUAUCUAAGGAGAUUCAGAACGAAUUGGUCUAUGGAAUACGGAGGAGGAGAUUUAAAUUCUUGCUAAAAAUUCAUUUGGAACAGAAAAAAGCUAUGGGAAUUUCUAUAAAACCCAGAAAAAAUGUUUUUAGAUACAGCGAUGCAAUAAGAUGGAAUCAAUGAUCCUUUUGUACUUGCUAGUGUCAUUGAUUAUCUUCAAUAUUUAAGAGUAUUUACUGCAGAUAGCAAAAAAAUAGUUAUCUGA